AUGAGAGGCGCUCUCGGGCCUCUUCCGGCUCCGGGCCCCGCUCGCCCCUUCCCCAGAUCUCCCCGCGACGGGAGGAGCACGGUGGCGGGCGUCGGCCGCGGUGACGCGCAGCGGGCCGGGAGCCAAUGGGAGGUGGGCUGGGCGCUGAUGGACGGGGCCAGCGGCCAGUGGCGAGGCGCUGGCUUCACUUCCCGUCGGGGAGAGAGUGUAAUAUGGCGAAGACCUACGAUUACCUGUUCAAGCUGCUGCUGAUCGGGGACUCGGGGGUGGGGAAGACCUGUGUCCUGUUCCGCUUCUCCGAGGACGCUUUCAACUCCACUUUCAUCUCCACCAUAGGAAUUGACUUUAAAAUUAGGACCAUAGAGCUAGAUGGCAAGAGAAUUAAACUGCAGAUAUGGGAUACAGCUGGCCAGGAACGGUUUCGGACAAUCACAACAGCCUACUACAGGGGCGCAAUGGGCAUCAUGCUGGUCUACGACAUCACCAACGAGAAGUCUUUUGACAACAUCCGGAACUGGAUUCGGAACAUUGAGGAGCACGCCUCUGCAGACGUCGAAAAGAUGAUACUUGGGAACAAGUGUGACGUGAAUGACAAGAGACAAGUUUCCAAGGAACGGGGAGAGAAGCUGGCUCUGGACUAUGGAAUCAAGUUCAUGGAGACCAGUGCAAAGGCCAACAUCAACGUGGAGAAUGCAUUUUUCACUCUCGCCAGAGACAUCAAAGCAAAAAUGGACAAAAAAUUGGAAGGCAACAGCCCCCAAGGGAGCAACCAGGGAGUCAAAAUCACACCAGACCAGCAGAAGAAGACCAGCUUUUUCCGAUGUGUUCUUCUGUGAGGAACGCCGCCUUACUCUGAGCCUUGCUCAGCCGAGCUGACUGUGCCUGUCCUGAGUGAGCCCUUCACUCAGCCGGGGCCCUACCCCCUCCAACAUCCCUGCCGCGGCCACCGGGCCCACGGCCACCAGAACACAAUUGAGAAAUUGUUUAUUUUAGUAACUGUCUGAUCUUUUUCAACUUUGAAGAUGGAAUAAGUUAAGGAUUUGCUAUUUUUCCUGUGACGUCCGCCGAACUGACCCAUGCAUUGUGUACCUACCUGGAGAGAAAGACGGGAAUGAGGUGAGCCUCCAUCUCCCAGAUGUGACACAGCUCACACCGCACCAGAAAGCCCAUCUACAUGCCCCACUGCAGUAGUGAGGUCCCCAAAAGCCAGUGAUGGUUCCAGGAGUGCCCGGCUCUGCACCGUCAGCGAGGUGACCCACACCAGGCCCUGGAAACAUCUGACGCCCACUUUCACCUUUCCUCUCCGUUUUGGACAAGUGACAAAAGCGGUUGUUUCUUUUUCCCACUCUCUCUGACUCUCAAACCAAAGGGAAGCACAAAUUAAGGAAAUCCUGUGUACAGUGCUCAGAAGGAAAGAGGAGUGCAGGAGCCUUUCCUGUUCACAGCCAGGCUUCGGUCUAGUCUGGCCAGGCCUCGGGCGUGGUCAGCGGGCAGCUCGGCAGUCCCCGUCUGAUCACUGACGGGGCACCGUGUGUCCCACGGGUAACCCUGAAAGUGCAACCAUACACUGUUCACCCAUGAUCGGGGUGUCUGCCUUCUCAGCCCCCAAACAGCCCCCACUCCUCUUUGUCUUCCCACAGCCUCCAAAUUGGACAUUCUUUCUAGCUGAGAUUUUUACUUUUCCAGAUCCGUAGUGCCAUGAAAUGAUUCCGUCUUUGAUUUCCAGUGGCAAACCCGGAUGACUGGGGACAGGUGCACACCUGUGGCUGGAUGUGGCCGAGAGCUCGAAGCGUCCCUGGUACAGACUGACUGCAGAGCCAUUUGGGCUGAUUUUUAACUGCCGUCACUAGUUUUGUUUUGACAGCUCUGCUUCCCCCUAGAGAGUAUGCAGUUGGGACCAGGUCACCAGGUCUGAGGGGUGUCAUCAGGGAGCCUUUUUCUUUUUUUUACCCUCCCCUCAAGCUGCUGUCAACCCAAGUCAUUGGCAUCGUCGUAAUUUCUUUUUUGAAUUAAAACCAACAUACCAGCCAUA